AUGAGCGACUCACGACGCGGUCGCGGACGCCGUCAGGGUCCCUGGCGCCACCACAAGAAAGGCCCGUCCAAGAACGACGGCCCGGCGGCCAACCUCCACGAUGAUGCCUUCGACGCCUCCCCUUCGCCGCAAAUCGGCACUCCCAGAGUCGCCACUCCGCCGCUCACCGAGCCCGUCCCUAUGGACACUCCCAGGUUCGCCGACCUCGCCGGCCAGAACCUGGUCCACCCCACCGUCAUCCAGACCAUCACCGAUGAUCUCAAGUUCGACCACAUGAUGCCCGUACAGGCCGCAACCCUCCACGAGCUGCUCCCGCCCAAGCGCAGCGACUGCCUCGUACAGGCCAAGACCGGGACCGGCAAGACGGUCGCCUUCCUGCUCCCCGCCAUCCAGACCAUCCUGAGCCAGAAACGCACCCGCAAGUCCGGCAUCUCGCUGCUGGUCAUCGCGCCCACGCGGGAGCUGGCCAUGCAGAUCGCCAAGGAGGCCCGCGCUCUGCUGCAGAGGAUCCCCUCCUGCAGAGUCUGCAUCGCCAUCGGCGGGACGAACAAGAACAAGGAGGAAAAUCAGAUUCUGGCGGGGUGCGACAUCCUGGUCGCUACCCCGGGCCGCUUGUACGACCACAUGUCCAACGAGAUGAUCAAGGACAUGUUCUCCAGCCUCGAUACCCUCGUUCUCGACGAGGCCGACCGGCUGCUGGACAUGGGCUUCCUGAACGAGCUCAAGAAGAUCAUCUCCUGCCUGCCGGACAAGCGCGAGACCAACCGCCAGGGCAUGCUGUUCUCGGCCACCGUCCCGCCCCACGUCCGGCAGGUCGCCGCCCUGGCGCUGUCGCCCGGCUACAGCUUCAUCUCGACCAUCCCGGAGGGCGAGGUCAACACCCACCAGCGCGUGCCGCAGCACCUCGUCAAGGUGCCCACCUUCGCCGCGGUCGCGCCCGCCAUGGUCGCGGCGGUCAAGGAGGAGAUGGGCGUCGUCGGCCACGCCGCCUUCAAGGCCAUCGUGUUCGCCCCGACGGCCGCGGCCGCCGACUUCUACAGCCACGUCCUGUCGAGCCUCGCCGCCGGCCUCGGCCUGCCGCCCGUGUCCACGCUGCACGCGCGCAUCUCGCAGAACACGCGCACGCGCGUGACCAACGCCUACCGCGACGCCGCCAACGGCAUCCUCGUCGCCACCGACGUCGUCGCCCGCGGCAUGGACUUCCCCGGCGUCACGACCGUCUUCCAGGUCGGCAUCCCCGCCGACAAGGAGUCGUACAUCCACCGCCUCGGCCGCACGGCCCGCGCCGGCGCCGAGGGCCGCGGCAUCCUCAUCGUGAGCGAGGCCGAGGACUUCUUCCCGCGCUGGACCCUCAAGGAGAUCUCCUUUGUCGCCCGCGACGUCGACACUUCUGCGACCGCCGCCGCCGCCGUCGAGGACAUCGCCGCCCGGAUGGACGACGCGCAGAGGGCCAAGAUCUACCAGGCCUGGCUGGGCUACUACAACAACUACCUCAAGCCGCUCAGGUGGGACAAGGAGUACCUCGUCGCCCAGGCCAACAUCUACGCGCGAGACGCCCUCGGCGCGGCCGAGACGCCGUCGCUCCAGAAGAGCACCGUGGGCAAGAUGGGGCUGCGGGGCGUCCGGGGCCUGGUCGUCGUGCCCGACGCGCCCCGGGCCCACCGCGGGCAGGGAGGCGGCGGCGAGGGACGCAGUGCCGGCAGCGGCGGGCGCGGCAGGCGUGGCGGUGGACGAGGCGGGAGGUAA